AUGGCGCAAUCACCACAAAGCACUCUCACCACCCUUCACAAACUUCAAAAAUCCCAUGAACUCAGUAUCAUAAAAUUGAGCGAACCAAUUUCAGCUCCCUUGAAACCAGGCGAUCGCACAUCCAAUGGCUCCGCAGCAGAUUCUCUCGAGAACCCCUCUCCUGCAAGUCUCGAAGCUGAUUUGGCGCAUUAUAAAGAACUCUUCUCCAAACUCCGCUUCUCCUACCUCGAACAAGUUACCAAAGAAAAGUUUAUCCGCGCCAUUGUCGGUGAUCCCCCCCUGGUAGUCGAACAUCAAAAAAACAUCGAUUUAGAAGCUACUCUCUUGCACUCCAAAGCCUCUUUGAAAGCGCAAAAAGUCGAGGUUGCGGAACUGGUGGAUGAGCUGGAAAAGAGGGGACGAGAACUGUGUCGAAAACAUGAACACAUACAAUUGCAGACGAAACAAUUUGCAGAUCUACCCAAGAAAAUCGAAGGACUGGAAGAUAGUAUUCUGAAAUUAAAAGAGGAACAAAAUUGGGUGUCAAGUGAAGAAGGAAACCAUCCAAAUCUCCGAUUAGGUCUUGACAAAACUCGAGAAUUGGUAGAAGUGAAAGAAAAAGAGAGGAGGGAAUUAGAUCGACAGUUGGAACAAUUACAAGUACUUGUUCCGAGGAAAACUAAAGAGGUCGAUAGGUUGAAUGCGGAAUUGCUGCCAUUAGAGGCGAAGCGCACGAUGAGUGUGGCGGCGGCGAGGGAGGCGAAGAGGAGGAAGGAGGAGGUUGCGGGGGGUGUAGGGGAUGAUUUGGAGGAGAGGGGAAGGUGGUGGAGAGGGGUGGAGGGGGGAUUGAAAGGGAUGUUGGGGGUGGGGAGAAGGGAGAAUGGAGAAUGGAGAAUGGAGAAUGGAGAAUGGAGAAUGGAGAAGAGAAGGGGAAAAUGA